AUGGCCGAGCGAACAAUGCCAUCGACCUCGACGCUGGUCAAAUACGACACCCCGUUUUUGGUGAAGACUUCCGAAAGGAAAUCAUCCAUGAAGACCGACAAAUGCAUCGCUGAGAAUGCCGAGAAACGCGAAACCGAAGAAAUACUCAACUCAAUAUUGCCGCCCAAAGAAUGGGAGGAAGACGGGAAACUUUGGAGACAGCAGGUGUCCAGUACGCCCGCGAUUCGUAUGGACGUCGUAAAUCUCCAAGAGCAACUCGACAUGAAAUUGCAACAGAGGCAGGCGCGUGAGACUGGCAUCUGUCCCGCAAGGCGAGAACUCUAUACCCAAUGCUUCGACGAGCUUAUUCGACAGGUGACCAUUAACUGUAGCGAAAGAGGAUUGCUGCUGCUUCGUGUCAGAGACGAAAUGAAUAUGACCAUGGAGGCGUAUCAGACUCUGUACUGCAGCAGUGUCGCCUUUGGAAUGAGGAAGGCGCUGCAGGCUGAACAGGGUCGAGAAGAUCUCAUUGAAAAAGUUGAAAAACUUGUGACUGAACGAGAUGAACUGGAGAAAGUGGUGACCGAGCUUAAGAAUAAAGCUGAACAAGUGGAAAGGCGAGCAGAAGAAGUUAGAGCUGCCGAAGAUAAGAAACACGCAGAGGAAGUCCAAUUUCUCAAGAAAACUAAUCAACAACUCAAAGCCCAACUGGAAGGCAUCAUCGCGCCGAAAAAAUAA